AUUUUUGCCGCAUAUCGGUUGAUUUCUGCCAACUAUCCGGACAAAUUCGUGCUCAAAGUCGACUCUGACGUGGUUCUCCUCCUUGACAAGAUCACCUCUCAUCUUCAAAAUCCAGACGAAAGAUCCAUUAAAUGCUAUGUGCACCACCGUGCGCACCCCAUUCGUGAAACUGGCAGUAAAUGGUACAUUCCCGAGUCAUCGUAUCCUGAGGAGUAUCUGCCCGACUAUUGUAGCGGUCCAACGUACCUCAUGACACCCGCAGCGUUGGCAGCACUUAUGGAAGUCGUGUGGGAAGCCAAGGUGUUUGAAGUCGAGGACGCGUUCUUCACAGGUGUUCUAGGCCAGGCUAGCUGGUGUACGGAUACGAACGGAACGGGGAUUCUGGGAUCGAUU